CAGCCAUGGCCACCCCGCCUAAGAGACUCUGCCCUUCUCCCUCGACCAGCUCCGAGGGGACCCGCAUCAAGAAGAUCUCCAUCGAGGGGAACAUCGCUGCUGGGAAGUCAACGUUUGUGAAUAUCCUGAAACAAGUUUCUGAGGAUUGGGAAGUGGUUCCUGAGCCUGUCGCCAGAUGGUGCAAUGUUCAGAAUACUCAAGAUGAAUUUGAGGAGCUGACAACAUCUCAGAAAAGUGGCGGGAACGUUCUUCAAAUGAUGUAUGAGAAACCUGAACGGUGGUCUUUUACCUUCCAGGCGUAUGCCUGUCUCAGCCGCAUCCGAGCUCAGCUUGCUGCUCUCAACGGCAAGCUCAAAGAUGCAGAGAAACCUGUGUUAUUUUUUGAACGAUCUGUAUAUAGUGACAGGUAUAUUUUCGCAUCUAACUUGUAUGAAUCUGACUGCAUGAAUGAAACAGAGUGGACAAUAUAUCAAGAUUGGCAUGACUGGAUGAAUAGCCAGUUUGGCCAAAGCCUUGAAUUGGAUGGAAUAAUUUAUCUUCAAGCUAAGCCAGAGAAAUGCUUAAAUAGGAUAUAUUUGCGAGGAAGAAACGAAGAACAAGGCAUUCCUCUUGAGUAUUUAGAGAAACUUCACUAUAAACACGAGAGCUGGCUCCUCCAUCGAACUCUGAAAACCGACUUUGAUUACCUCCAGGAGGUGCCGAUCCUCAUACUGGAUGUUAACGAAGACUUUAAAGACAAACAUGAAAGUCUGGUUGAAAAGGUCAAAGAGUUUUUGAGUACUUUGUGAUUGCACAGGAGACAGCUGGCACCAAAAGUUUCCAGAAACUUCAUUU